AUGUCCCAAGAGGUUAUUGAGCAAAUAUUAUACAGAUAUUUAACCGGAACUGACAGGACUAAGCUCAAAAAAUGCGGUACUAUGGAACGUCUCGUAUUAUUUGCUAAAGAGGCAUUUAUAGUGCAUUAUACUAAAUACAAUGUAAAGGCUAUCAAGGAACUUGAUAGUAUUACAAUUGGUUAUAAA